CAAAAUCCCUAAAGUGCCGACCGCGUGCAAAUAGGCACCGCCGACGUUGCCGGUUUAGUCGCAUUCCGUCGUAAAACUUUACCGAUAGUUGCUUUAAUGUUAAUUCAACCACUGCACAUCCGCGUAUUGCUUUUUAGUAGGUAUUUUAUGUUAAAACAUAUCGAUCAGGUACGGCGGUUUACCAUUCGUAGAUAAUAAUAUUGCCUACGAUAAUCAUAUGAUGGUUCAAUCAUAGAAGCUAAUCGGUAUCUGAUUUUAGUGUCACAAUGAUGAUUUUUAAAAAUGUUGAAAACAUUCUGUAAAGUUUCACCUUUAAUAUGGAUUUUUAAAUACAUAAAAAUGAAAACUGCAUUAGGCGUAGUGAAGUUGGAGAUGGAGCCAGUAUUUGGAGAUGACAUGAUCUCAGAAACAUCUUCAUCUUCGGCGUCAACGAUGUGUGCAGAAUGCGACUGUGUGAUUGCUGAUAGAUAUAUUAUGCGAGUAUCUGGAAGAUCUUACCAUGAACAAUGUUUAAAAUGUGCUACUUGUUCUCUAAAAUUAGAUAGAACAUGCUUUGUGUGGAACGCAAAACUUUAUUGUCGUCAAGAUUAUGAAAAAUGUGUAUACCGGAGCUGUGGCAGUUGUGGCGACCGGGUUGCAACAGGCGAACUGGUUAUGCGAGCCGGCGAGUGUAUUUUCCAUGAGCAAUGCUUCGUAUGUGUAGUGUGCGGUAUACGACUUUGCACGGGAGACCAGUACGUUAUCAAACACUCGCAACUAUUCUGUCGGCCCGAUUACGAAAAAGAAGUGAGCAUGAUGCGAGACGAGAUCAACCGAAAUACAGGUGACUGGAACUAUAGCCAUGAUGGUCGUCGUGGACCCAAGCGACCUAGGACAAUAUUAACCACCCAACAACGUAGAGCAUUUAAAGCGUCGUUUGAAAUGAGUCCUAAGCCAUGCCGAAAAGUCAGAGAAGGACUAGCUCAUGACACUGGUUUAAGUGUCCGUAUAGUACAGGUUUGGUUUCAAAAUCAAAGAGCAAAAAUGAAAAAAAUUCAAAAAAAGGCGAAAUUGAAUAACAACGUGUUGAAUUCUAACAACGGUGUAAACGGAAACAACUGUAGUGGUGCUGACAGCGGUAACUCGUGCAGUUCAAGUGGGUUACUACAAUCGACUAUCAAAGACGAACAAUGCAGUUCGGAUGGAUGUGAAGAUGGAGUAGUUAAUAGAUUUGAAGCACUGCAACAGGAUAAUCAUAGACAGCAACAGCAAGUAAGUGAUUCCUACGAUACUCGGCAAAGUUCUCCAAUUAUGGUUCAAACCGAUUCACUAACACCAUUCGUUCAACAACAGUCAUCAUUUAGUAUUUUUAAUAAUGAUUUAGAUAACCGAAGAGAUCCUAAUUACAUAGUAUCAUCUGAAGUCGCGCCAAAACAUAUAUACGGCGGAUUUGUAUCACAAGAAACAGUUAUUCGGUGUGGUUCAAAUCCAAUUGAUCGGCUAUAUUCAAUGCAAGCAUCAUACUUCUGUAACAACAUAACGGAUGAUCCAAAUUCGUUGUCCCUAGACGAUCAGUAACAAAAAAUAUAAGAGUUUUUUUUUAUCGUUUAAAUGUUAUUAAUUAUGUAUUAUAUUAUUACUAUUUAUUAUCACAUGUACAGAUAAUAUUUUCAAGUAAAUUGUAAUGUCAGACAAGACAUAAAAACAUUGUUUUUUU